AUGGAUGUGAGUGAAGAAAAUAUUGAAGUUGAUGUUACAAAUGAAUUUUCCACCGACAUGGUAUCCAAUUCACGUCAAUCGCUAAUUGAAUGGGUUCAAAAUGCUGGACGCAAUUUGGGAUUUGUUAUUGUUAUGAAAAUGUCAGAGAUUGGUGGAUUUGGGAGGAGACACAAAUUAUUGUUACAAUGUAAACAUGGGGGCACCUACAAAAGUAAGAAAACCUCCACAAUGUUAGUUGGCACAAAAGAAAUGGAAUGUCCAUUUAGAGUGAAAGGGUUGAAAUUGAACACAUAUGAUGAUUGGAUGAAUUUGGUUAAGCCACUAAACAUCUUGUAUACGUUGAAGAACAGGGAUCCGAAUAGCAUGUCCACUAUUAAUAUUAUAUACAAUGCACGUCAGAAGUUUCGGACUGCAGAGAAAGUUGGCUCGUUGAAACUAUUGCGUGCAUUCCAGUAUGUGUUACUGAUGGAUGCUACCUGUAAAACUAACACGUUCAGGAUAUCUCUAUUUGAGAUUGUCGGUGUGAUUUCAACGAAGAUGACAUCUUGCAUUGUAUUUGUAUUCUUGCAAUCUAAAAAAGAGGACAAUUAUACUUGGGCAUUGAAUUGUUUGCGGUCAACAAUGGAUGAAUACACUACUCCAAGAGUAAUUGUCACCGAUAGAGAUUUGACGUUGAUGAGGUCGUGUGCCCAAGUGUUUCUCAAGGCGAUGAAACUGCUCUGUACAUGGCACAUCGACAGAGUUGUUAUAGCCAACUACAAAAAAUCAUUUCAAGACAAGCAAUCUUGGGAUGCAUUCUACUCCAUGUGGCACACAUUACUGGAAUCAGAAACAAAAAAUGCGUAUCUGUACAAUUUAUCUGCUCUUGAGGUAAAUUUACAAAAGUACUUGAAGGUCGUGAAUUGUAUUAAAGAUGAAUGGUUGACACCAUAUAAGGAGAUGUUCAUAUCCGCCUGGAGAGAUACGUAUAUGCAAUUCGGAAAUGUGACAACUAACAGAGUUGAGAGUCAGCAUUCUAAGUUGAAACGAUACUUGGGCACAUCACAAUCGGACUUGGAGUUAGCAGUGUCAUCUAUUCAUCAACUCCUCCAAGAUGAUGAUAUCGAUUGUAGUGUCGAGCUACAAAUAUUCAUAGAACAAUUUAAGCAUCAGUCAAGGCUUGAUAAAGUCAGUCUACUAAGGAAGUUAAGGGAGCUAAUUAAUCCAUCAAUAACUACACUUCUUCAAUUGGUUGUUAAGACAAAUAUUCAUGGACGUCCCUCCUCAAAGAAGAAAGUACAUAGAUCUACUCAUGGUAAUCCAUCUGCAUUUGAGUUCGUUCAGCAUGAUUUGAACCAUUCUCAGGAACCAAGCAGGCAUAGUUGUUCAUCAGAACCAGGUAGACAUAGUUGUUCAUCUCUCUACAGUACUCCACCACUCCCUACACAAACGAUUUCAAUAUCGAGCUUAGUUAACCAUGAGCAAGUAUAUCUUAGUCAGUUCCCACCUACAUUGCAUCCUUACAUUAUGUUUGUAAAAGAUGUAAGAGCUGAUGAAAAUUGUGGCUUUCAGGCUAUUGUUGGGUUGCUUGGUUUUGACGAGGAUGCAUGGAUGCACGUCCAUCAAAACUUGAUUGUCGAGUUGAGAACAUUCUGGACAGAGCAUGCAGAUAUAUUUGGUGAUUAUUAUCGAGCAUGUUCCAUUUACAACUCACUGAACUUCUGA